ACUGGGAAGGGUCUAAGUGGCGGCGGUAUGGAGGAGAAAGUGGCCUCCACCACUGCUACAGACGGCUCAUGCAUGGUGUCUGCCCAGGAAACCGAAAAGUGGAUGGAGGAGGCGAUGCGAAUGGCCAAAGAAGCACUUGAAAAUAUUGAGGUUCCUGUUGGCUGCCUUAUGGUCUAUAACAAUGAAGUUGUGGGGAAAGGAAGAAAUGAAGUGAAUCAGACAAAAAAUGCUACUCGGCAUGCUGAAAUGGUGGCCAUCGAUCAGGUCCUCGCCUGGUGUCAUCAACAUGGCCAGAGCCCUGCUGCAGUGUUUGAACACACCGUGCUGUACGUUACCGUGGAGCCAUGCAUCAUGUGCGCGGCUGCCCUGCGCCUCAUGAAAAUCCCGCUGGUUGUCUACGGCUGUCAGAAUGAACGGUUUGGUGGUUGUGGUUCCGUCCUAAACAUUGCCUCUGCUGACCUACCCAAUACUGGGAGACCAUUUCAGUGCAUCCCUGGGUACCGUGCUGAGGAGGCUGUGGAGCUCCUAAAGACCUUCUACAAACAGGAAAACCCAAAUGCACCAAAAUCAAAAGUUCGAAAAAAGGAUUGUCAGAAAUCCUGAUGCUGUUCUGAUCCUGACUAGUGUCGUUCAGAGACCUGGACAGAAUUUCCAACUGAGAGCCAUUGGCAUCGUGGGUCGUGUUUCUAUGUUGUUGUUACUGGGUGGGAAGAUGGUGUCUCUCGUCAUUUGUCAUUUGCUCUGUUAAGGGAACAAAUUAGCCCUUUUUAAAAAAGUCUGACAGAUGUAAACAACUAUUAGCUCUUCCACCAAGCUGAAAGAGUGUUUCGGAAAGGGGAAGGAUUAAGGUUUGAGGUCGCAGUGAUCAGCAAGCAGUGCUCGCCCCUCCUUCAGCCACAGCUUUAGUCCCAUCACAAAGAAGUUCUUCAUAGCUAGCUUCGAAGAUGCCUUCGUGAUAGAGUGUUUGCCAUGGAGGCCGGAGGCCCAGGUCCCCAGCAACCACCAAUGCCAGGUGGGCUUGGUGGCCUGCCUAUAAUUCCAGUGCUUGCAAGGCACAGACAGGCUUCCAAGGCCCCAAAGCAAGCUAACAGUUACUUUAGCUCUUAUUGAUGAGCUCUGGGUUCAAAUGAAAGUGAUCUAGGAGGACCCCCAGUGUGAAGCUUAGACCUCACAUGUCCACAUGCACCGCCCCCCAACACAAGUGCAUAAACAAAAUGCAAAUACAUACGUCACACAUGGACACCACACACAACAUACAUGUGAAAGAAAAAAGACAAGUGUUCGGAAGACUGAUCAAGAUCAAAACAGGAAGGAAAAGGAAUGAAAAAGAAAGCCUUGGUAUUUUACUGAGGCCAUUCAGACUGGUUCUGCCCCUGAUUUCACCAGGGCGCAAGGGACCUGGGCUCAUCCUAACUUGUAUUAUGACUAUGUAAAUGACCAUGCAUGUCAGGGGUUCAUGUGUGCAGAUGUGGAGGCAGAGAACAUCUCAGGUGCUGUUCCACAUGGGCAGUCCCCCGCCUCCUUUUUUUAAGGCAAGGUUUCUUGGAAUGUACCAUUCAGCUAAGCAGGCUAGCCAGAAAUGCCCAGGGUUCCGCCUGUGUCCUCUAACACACGCACCACUGUGUGCUUCCUUCCUUCUUUCCUUUAUUGAACUCAGGUCUUUCUACCACUUUGCUGAUUGAGAUAGCUCUCCAACCCUAGAACAUUUUUAAAAAGUAUUUAGAUAAAAUAGAUGCAUUUAAAGUAAGUGUUUAAGAGUCAUUUUUUUUAAAUCAUAGGCUAUUGCUACAGUAAUAUGUAGUAUUCAUGCCUUCUUUCAGGAGGUCUAGUGUUUAAAUAGUGGGUGCUAGAGAGAUGACUCAGGGGCUAAGAAUAUAUACUGCUCUUCCAGAGGAUACUAGUUUGGUGCCCAGCGCCUACGCUGGGCAAUUCACAACCCGUAAUUCCAGUCCCAGAGGACCCAGUACCCUCUUCUGGACUCUGUGCGCACCUGCACUCACAUGUGCACACGUUUCCAUAAUUGAUAUAUACACAUAUAAUUAAAAAAAAUUUAAAGGUAAAAAUUUGAAGUUUCUUAUAAUGGAGUAACUAUUGUCUUAAGGUUCAUUUCUUCUCUUUAACAAAACAAAGACUUAUACUCUCAAAGCAAAGACCAUAUAUUCUCAAGAGAAAGAAAUGAAAAAUUGUCCAUAUGUAAUGUGCUGGAGGAUGAUAGGUGCUGCUGGUCAUAGUGGGGUGCACUGGGUGGGUGGGGGGUUGAAGUAAAAGAAUCAUGAAUUCAAGAUAAACCUGGGCUAUGCAGGAAAACCUUCCCCCGUCCCCCCACCUCCCCUCCAAAUUAUAACAGGUUGCCAUUUGGAAUAAGAAUGCAGGAAUGAUGGUUACAGGAAUGAAUAAAAUGAUCCAUUUAUUCCUAACUAACAAAGCUAUUACUCCUAAAAAUGCAGAUGAUGACAUUUAAAUUGAAUAUCUAAAAAUUUGACCUCACAACCAAAUUUCCAGGGAGGGUCACUGAUGCAAGGUGCAGCUUUUCUCCAACUGCCCUGGCGCUGUGUGCAUCUCUGCCCAGAAGGGGGCCUCGCCGGUCCACCGGAAGACAGCACCCGUGCCGCCUCAGUUUCUUCAGCUACUUCAAGUCCUUGAUGCAAAGCGUCUGUGUUUGUUGACUCUGCCCUUGAAGCGCUGUCUCCGACUUGUUUGGUUUGAAUUACAUUACAGGCUGGAAUGUGAUUGUGGCUGUAGUAUUUUUAUAUUGACGGGAUGGGGGAGGGGAGCAGCUGAUCACUGUUACAUGCUUCAGAGGAUUUAUAAUUGCGUGGUUUGUGCAUGUGUGUUUUUAAUGGCAUUUCAGAAGUUUUAUGAGCGAAGAAAACGCAAGAUUUUAAAUUUACAAUAAUGGUCUGUGCACCUUCUCUUCGGUUUUAUCUACUUUAAAAAUUGUCUUCUCAUUAAAUUUUAGUACUUUGA